AAAGCUAAUUCUAAAAUGUAUGGAGAAGAGCAGACAGAUAAUAGUCUUUCUUACCCACUACUUCAGACUGAGGCUGAUGUCAAUCCGAAGGCCUACCCUCUCGCAGAUGCCCACCUCACCAAGAAACUAUUGGACCUCGUUCAGCAGUCAUGUAACUACAAGCAGCUUCGAAAAGGAGCCAAUGAGGCCACCAAAACCCUUAACAGAGGCAUCUCUGAGUUCAUUGUGAUGGCUGCAGACGCAGAGCCCCUGGAGAUCAUCCUGCACCUCCCGCUGCUGUGUGAAGACAAGAAUGUGCCCUACGUGUGUGUGCGCUCCAAGCAGGCGCUGGGGCGGGCCUGCGGGGUCUCCAGGCCUGUCAUCGCCUGUUCUGUCACCAUCAAAGAAGGCUCCCAGCUGAAGCAGCAGAUCCAGUCCAUUCAGCAGUCCAUUGAAAGGCUCUUAGUCUAAACCGGUGGCCUCUGCCACGCUCUCUCUUGCCUCCUCCCCCUCGGUUGUGUAUCAUAUUGUCCGUGUUACCAUGUAGGAUUUCCAGCUACCUUCUAUUGUUAUAAAAUAUUGUAGUAGUAAAUCUUUUUAUAUUUUUGAAUUAUUUUUGUUUUGUCGUAUAGAUUAUCAUCCCCACACCCACUCCACCCCUAAACCUCCUCUUCCACUUUUCCUCUACCAUCUUUCCUCCCUUUUGAAAAAUGAACUAAGCCCAGAACAGGUAGAACAGAGUUGUGACACCAUUCAAAGGCAGGAAAGAGCCAGGGUAGAGAGAUCCGGUUCCAGCUUUGAGGCACUAACUGCCUUUUGUGUACAGGGCAUGGUGAAGUAGACACCACCCACUUGAUCUCCCUUGUGCCUGGCAUACAGAAUCAUCCCAUACAUGAUCCAGGGGUUCCUUUGAUCUCUAGGGUGAUGAUGCAUCAUUUGAGGAAGAAGCAUGUAUCCUGUGAGGUUGUUAGUUGUAUGCCCAAGUGUCAUUUAUUAAUGUACCCCUACCGUUUGCUUUUGGUAAUAUAUGUCCUUCCCCCGCCCCCCCCCAAAAAACAAAAACAAAACCUCCCAAUUGUGCCCCUGAGGGUGGAGGACAGCAGCAUACCAAAGAGAUGUGUGCUGCAGGAUUCCAAAAGUGGCCUGGGCUAGUGCGGCAUGGAGCAGUUGACCUAGGUCUUAAAGGAGUCUGGAGUGGCAAGAGAAAGUAGAGUCAACUGGUGCUGGACUGAAGGAUUCUGGGCAAGUCUUGGAGACGAAGCUACAACAGAGGUGAUGGAGUCCAAGGAAACAUCCUUUCUGGUGAAUAGAUUUCUUCAGUGGACACUUGGUAUCAGCUCUGAGAGCCUUUACCCAUUUCCUGUCCUGCCACGAUGUGGGUCAGAUGUAUGUGUUCUUGAUCACGUCAGAAGGACAGUGCUAAUGUAUCAUUGUUGUGAGAGUCCUAGUAAAGAAAUAUAUUCAUACAAC